UUGCCCGAUGGCGUGGGUGGGUGUUACCGUCGGGACUUUCAGCUAACAGCUGGCCGAAUUCUCCUGCUUUGAUUGGAUGGUUAGCACAUGACGUUGACCUAUCCUCUAAAAAGGAUAGCUACAGCUUUGUUUAAAUAGCAGGAAGAGGCGACCACACUUCACAAUCUGUUUCACGUUCUUACUGCUAGUCAACUAUCUGCUCGUCAUGCCUGAGCCCGCGAAGUCCGCUCCCGCCCCGAAGAAGGGCUCCAAGAAGGCGGUGACCAAGGCGCAGAAGAAGGACGGCAAGAAGCGCAAGCGCAGCCGCAAGGAGAGCUACUCGGUGUACGUGUACAAGGUGCUGAAGCAGGUGCACCCCGACACGGGCAUCUCGUCCAAGGCCAUGGGCAUCAUGAACUCGUUCGUCAACGACAUCUUCGAGCGCAUCGCGGGCGAGGCGUCGCGCCUGGCGCACUACAACAAGCGCUCGACCAUCACGUCGCGGGAGAUCCAGACGGCCGUGCGCCUGCUGCUGCCCGGGGAGCUGGCCAAGCACGCCGUGUCCGAGGGCACCAAGGCCGUCACCAAGUACACCAGCUCCAAGUGAGCGCCCGGCUCACUCCUGACCCAAAGGCUCUUUUCAGAGCCACCCACGAAUUCAAAGUCUGGAGCUUUAAUGCUGAUUUCUGCUUAACUAGUCAAGGGAUAAAGAGGCACUGCCCGUCAGUGCUUUUCUGUAUAGUUCGCUAAGAAAUGCGGCUUGAACUUUUCAGGAUAGGUCCCUAGAAGCAUCAUACCUGGGUCCAGUCGAGUAUGAAAAGACCAAAUACUCAAGAAGGUAACUAAUACAGAAGAAUGCAUAUGGUCUGCCUGUAAACUUAAGUGGAGUCUAUAUAUGUUUUCGUCUUAGUGAAACUGAAGUCAGACUCCAAAUCUUGCUGUGGUGAUUCUCCUGUUGCAGUUAAGUGGGUAUAAUUCAGCCAGAAGGACAAGGGAGACGAGCAUCGGAUUUUAGUAUCAUUUUUUUAAAAUGCUGUGUACAUGUGACUUCAAGUACAUAGGAAAAUGUCAUAUCUAUGUAUCAGGAAGACAUGUAUUAAAAACCA